UUUCCUUUUCCUAUGUGAUUGUUUUGUAGACCAUGUGAUAAUUAUUUUAAAACCACUUUAAUCACAAUUUAGCAUUAUUUCAUCAAUUAUUGUAUUGAAUAAUUAAAACAUAACAAAAAUGGAAGUGCAAAACAUAAACGUGGAUGACUUUUUGCCUGCAAAAAAGACUGUGAAGUUAAAAAAUGUAAAACGAAGAGCUGUUUCUGAAUCUGGCGAUGGAAUGGAAGUUGAAGAACAUAAUGGCAUUCAAGGGAAACCGAAGCUCUCAAAACCUAAAGCUAAGAGACUUAAAAAGAAUGUCGAACCUAAUGAGAGUAAACUUAAUAUGAGAAAAGUGGCAGUCCCUGCCCACAGAUAUACUCCUUUAAAAGAGAAUUGGUUAAAGAUUUUCACUCCUAUUGUAGAACAUCUUUUACUUCAAGUGAGAUUUAACACAAAAACGAGAAAUGUUGAAAUCAGAGUUGGUCCGGAAACUAAAGAUAUAGCUAAUCUACAAAAAGCUGCAGAUUUUGUUAAGGCAUUUAUUUACGGCUUUGAUGUAGAAGAUGCAUUAGCUUUGCUACGUCUGGAUGACCUGUUUGUCGAGUCUUUUGAAGUUAAGGAUGUAAAGACAUUACAAGGAGACCAUUUAGGUAGAGCAAUAGGUAGAUUAGCGGGCAAAGCUGGCAGAACAAAAUUCACCAUAGAGAAUGUUACUAAAACAAGAAUAGUUUUGGCAGACUCGAAAAUUCAUAUCCUAGGCAGUUACCAGAAUAUAGCACUGGCGAGGAGAGCUAUAUGUAAUCUUAUUAUGGGAUCACCUCCUUCAAAAGUUUAUGGUACACUAAGGAAUGUUGCCAAUAGAGUAGCGGAAAGGUUUUAGUUAUAAAUAAAAUGUGUAUUUUAUA